GAUCGCAUCACCGUGGAUCUGUUUGGAAUCAACAUGGCCGUUCCAUCUACUUACGAUGAGGUCCGACAGCACCUGGAACAGGUGCAGCGCGAGCCCUCCACUCGUCUGGACACGUCUCUUCUUGAAAAGUUGAAACUCGAGCUUACCGAGAACGUCGAUCGCAGAGUCCCCGCCACCCUUAUGAUCCAGAUAUCGCAGCUGCUCCCCGUCCUGCAGGAGGACCCGACUCCUCUUACCGCUCUUGGUGUCAAGGCUACGACGUAUCUCAGCUUCGCUGACCUUCACUCUGUCAAUCCUCCGAUCAAUUUCAUCGCCGGUUUCAAAGCGCCCUCGGAACCUAUCAACUUGUUGGCUUUGUCGUUGCUGCGCAAGGCAGGACACGCCGCUAGUGAUGCCGCCAUCGUUGCCGGCGAUCCGGAACUCGUUUCGUCUUUGGUGGAGCUGUGGUUGUCGACCUCUUCUACGGCCGUAGCACAAGCGGCGUUUGACACAAUUUGGGAGCUCUUGGAGGUCGACUCGGCCAGUCCGCUCGAGAAUACUGGACAUGAAGGCGAUGAGGCCACCGGUGGUCAAGGACUCGUUUGGAGGCGAAUUUUCGCGGAUAAAGAUGUAUACGGGCUUCUAUUUUCCCUCUGCAGUCUCACGGAUAAUGGACCAGGAAGUCUGUCCAAGCGCGACAAGACUGUAGCUCAGGGACGGUUGAUGGGUCUGCUUGUGAAGGCGGGUCGGCUGCAUUGGGACAUCAUCUCGAAACCACAAGUGCCAGAAGUUGAGAGGAAAUACCAGAGCAAUGGCCUCCUCCAUUUCGCUGCCUGCCAUAUGGUUGACAAGGAAGACGUGCUCAUGCAUAUGACGUUGAUUAACUUCUUCCAUGAUCUUCUGGAGAUUGAUGCUCCUGGUCUCAUCGCUCGGACCAUUGUGCAGUCAGCAUCCACCUUCUCCUCCCCAGCACUGGAUUUCCUCAUUUCGCAUAACAUACACUCUACGUCGUUGGAGUAUUACUUGGAUGAGUCAAAGCUCGACGCGGUGGACCUGGCUUACCUGUGCGGUCCUAUCAUGACUUACGUUGCGCAGUAUGCCGAGCUGUAUCCCAACCACUUCCUGCAAAACCCGCAGUAUCUACUGGACCGGAUACUGUCUCGCAUUGCUGCCUCGGUGGCGGUUUCGACCUCCCAGUGGGCGCAUGGGCCGGUUCCUAGCGGGCAGUUGAACGUACUUUCCUGUCUGCCCCGCGUUUUGCUCGUGGAAGCCAGCAAGCAAGGACUGAACCCUGUUCUGGCCUUGCCGACCAGUCCUCCAAAUAAGGAGGCUCUGGACGUGCUGGCCAAGAUCCUCCACGGCCCAGUGAAGCAGGGCCUUACGGACUCGAUGGAGUUGAAUGCAUCUGGCCAGAUGCCGACAGAUUGGCACAAAGAGGCCGCGGCCGCUCGCGCGCUGUACUUCAUGUACACUAAUCAGCAUACCAACUUUUGGACGGAUGUAGUUGCGACGGCCGAUAUUCUUGCAAUGAAGGAUAUUUCGUUGGCGUCAAUAUCCCUCAUGAGAUCCCUCAUCACUGCUAAUUGGCAGAUCUUAACGGGUGAAGUCACCUCGUCUGUCCCUGGGACUUCCCGAUACCAGCUUCCCACCGAACAAGAUUUGGAGAGUUUGUCUCCGGCUACUCAGGGAGUUCUGCCGUCAUCGGGUGCUUGGGCAGCUCUAACGCCGCCAGCCCUGACUAUCCUCCUGCCAUAUCUGUUCAAGCCUCCUCGGUCAUAUGCCGAGUUUGUCGGCGGCGGAGCAGGUGAUUCCCAGCAUGCGGUCUGGAAAGUGGCAACGGCGAAGCACGAGGUCUUGGUGGCGCUGUAUGACUGUCUCAAAGAAAAUGGGGGACAAACGGAAGGGUUCGAGGACAUCAUGCGUACUCUCCGGCAACGGGUGAACGAGGGGCCAUGGGGGCCUGUAUCCCAGACUGCAAACCAGGUUGCAACCGUUGGCCUGUAAGGCUGGUGCUGCGGAGAUGCCCAUAUCACUGGACGAUUUACGAUUAUGCCAUUAGAUACCUGUACUAUUUCAUAAUUUUCCAUUCAGCAAUAGCAAUGAAUCCUAC